CGAAGGUUGCCAAGUCAACAUUUCGUUCGGUUAGGGGCAGCUUCUUCUUCAACCUCCCUUCCCUCCUCCUACCCCACUAGCCCCGCCGGACCAAGCCCGAUAGGCGAAGACCAGAAUUCUUUUUAAAUUCAAAAUAAACAAAAAAAAAAAAAGAUACAGAGAAAUAAGCAGAAGAACCUUAUCAUACUAGGUAGUUCUGAUUUCUCAAUCGCCCGACCAAAUGGCACGGGCAAGAUUUACUCCGGCGGUCAAGACAAUAAUUCUGAUCCUCUUCUACGUCGUCGUAUUAAACUUCGGUGACGCAGUUUUCUCGCUUCAAAUUUCGCAGCUGGAUUUCAAUAAAACCUUUAUUUUUCCUAACUCCGGCGGUGAAGGUGGAACUGCCGACAAUACUCACCACACCACCAUGUUCCUCCCUCUUUUCCUCUCGCCUCCUCGGAUCAACCACUACUCCUCCUCUUACGAAGUUUCUGUCCAACAGUCCCGUCGCCACCUCCAGAGCCGCCGCCCGAACGCUCGCAUGUCGCUUCACGAUGAUCUCUUACUCAACGGUUAUUACACGACGCGGUUGUGGAUCGGAACGCCGCCGCAGGAAUUCGCUCUGAUAGUGGAUACGGGGAGUACUGUUACUUAUGUGCCUUGUUCCACUUGUGAACAGUGCGGCAAGCAUCAGGACCCGAGGUUUCAGCCAGAAUUGUCUACUAGCUAUCAAUCCUUGAAAUGCAACAUUGAGUGCAAGUGCGACAGUGAGAGAGAGAACUGUAUUUAUGAUAGGCAAUAUGCAGAAAUGAGUUCCAGCAGUGGGAUCCUUGGGGAGGAUAUCGUGUCCUUUGGUAACCUAAGUGAACUUUCACCUCAGCGAGCAGUAUUUGGCUGUGAAAAUAUGGAAACUGGUGAUUUAUAUAGUCAGCAUGCUGAUGGCAUAAUGGGCUUGGGUCGUGGAGAUCUCAGUAUUGUCGAUCAACUUGUUGGAAAAGGUGUCAUUAGUGAUUCUUUUUCUUUAUGUUAUGGAGGCAUGGAUGUCGGAGGAGGUGCAAUGGUCCUUGGUGGAAUUUCACCUCCUGCUGACAUGGUCUAUACCCGCUCAGACCCUGAGCGCAGUCCUUACUACAACAUCGAGCUGAAGGAGAUACAUGUUGCUGGAAAGGCAUUGCGUUUAGAACGACAGGUUUUUGAUCGAAAACAUGGAACUGUACUUGAUAGUGGUACCACAUAUGCUUACCUACCAGAAGAAGCAUUUAAAGCAUUCAAAGCUGCUAUAAUGAAGGAAGUCCCUUCGUUAAAACAGAUCCAAGGUCCAGAUCCAAAUUACAAAGACACUUGCUUUUCUGGUGCUGGAAGUGAUGCGUCACAACUCUCAAAAACAUUUCCUGCUGUUGAAAUGGUAUUUGGCAAUGGACAGAAGCUCUCUCUUACCCCUGAAAAUUACUUGUUCCGGCAUUCAAAAGUGCGAGGUGCAUAUUGCCUGGGGAUCUUUCAGAAUGGGAAAGAUCCAACAACUCUUUUAGGAGGAAUUAUUGUGCGCAAUACUCUUGUAACAUAUGAUCGUGAACAUGAAAAGAUUGGUUUCUGGAAAACCAAUUGUUCUCAUUUAUGGGAAAGGCUUCACAUAUCCAAUGCACCUCCACCUCUGCCCUCAGAGUUGAACAAUACUAACUUCACUUCUAAUGUGUCUCCUGCGACCGCUCCUGCAGAUCAACCACUAUACAAUGGGGAGUUUAGAGCUGGACAUAUAACAUUUUAUAUGUCACUGAGUGUCAAUAUUUCAGACUUGAAGCCUCACAUUCCAGAACUUGCCCAAAACAUGGCAAAGGAGUUAGAUGUCAAUGCUUCACAGGUUCACUUGCUUAAUUUCACAUCCAAAGGAAAUGAUUCACUUAUUAGAUGGGCUAUAUAUCCUGCAGGGUCUGCAGAUUUCAUGUCCAACGCAACUGCAAUGGAUAUAAUAUCGCGGUUGGCAGAAAAUCGUGUGCAUCUUCCUGAUACGUAUGGAAAUUACAAAUUUUUUGAGUGGAAUAUUGAGCCUCCUCAAAGACGGACGUGGUGGCUGCAAAAUUACUUCGUUAUAUUUGUAGCUUUUCUUGUUAUAAUAGUACUUGGAUUAGCUGCUUCUGGAGCGUGGAUUAUGUGGAGAAGGCAACAAUCACUUGUUGCAUACAAGCCUGUGGAUGCUGCUGUACCUGAGCAAGAACUUCAACCACUCUAGGGAGAUGUUGCCUACUUUGAUAGUUUAUGAACGCCUUUUUUUGUUAAACUUUCAUGACUCGUUUCUUCAGCCACGGCUAAGGAUCAACCAGAAUUUUUCUGGAGUAAAAAGAAUCGGUGCAUGGCAAUAGGUGUUCUAGCGCUUUUAAGUGUCCAUUCAACGAGGAUAGACAUUUUAAAGAGGAUAGCCAAGGUUCUCCAUGUCAGAAGGUUAGCAUCGCUUGAUGAACAACUUGACCUUCUGCGUGGUUACUUUGUUAAUUUGCUUACUUUGUUGUAUCUGCAAUAGUGAAUUUAGAGGAAAUAGGUAAUACCAUAUACCCAAGCAUGAUAUGUACUGCGCACUGGAGAAAAUGAUGUGGUGAAACUACAGGAUGUCUUCUCAAGCAGCACGAUACUUUUACUUUUGGGUUUUUCCUAAGCUUUGUUCAUCAGAAAGAUGAUUUCAAUGCUGCAUCUAGCUUUGUACAUGUUUUCACUUUCUGGCCCUUUUCAAUUUGAUAUAUACAUCUAUUGUAUGAUC